UCUUCUUCGCACUCUCUUGUGACAGCCAUCUUCACCUCGGAGUCUCGUCCGAGCUUCUCAUCUGUUCUUGAAGCUGAAGCUUGAAGGAAGGGAGGGAGAGAGAGAUGGAGGCGGAGUUGGUGGAGGUGUUUCAAGUGGCGAGCAAAGCUGCGGACGCGACGGCUGUGAAUGGGAAAGGUGGAGGAGACGACGAGGAACGGCAAUGCAUCGACGCCUUGAAGCGCCUCAAGUCCUUCCCUGUCACUUAUCAAGUCCUCGUCUCCACUCAGGUUGGGAAAGGUCUUAGACGCCUUACAAAACAUCCUAGGAAGAAGAUACAAGCUUUUGCUUCCGACUUGAUUCAGCUAUGGAAGCAGAUUGUUAUGGAAGAAUCAAAUGGAUGCAAGAAGAAUGUCAGUGUGGAUCAUAAUGAGUCUGCAAAAGCCGGGGAAAACAAGGUUAAAAAAUCCUCCUCUUUCCGGAUUGAGGGGAUUCCUAAGUCUGAAGCGACAAAGGUAAGGAAAACAGAGCGAAAUGGUACUCCUGGUUCUGAGAAGAUCUCAAGGUUGGAUGUUGGUGUCACUGAGAAAGCGGUCUGUAAUAGGAAUCUGCAAGGAAGUGACAAGGUUGAAACAAUAACUGCGACUAAGGAACAGAAGCCAAAUUGCGACGUGAACAAAUCGUCACCUAAUCCUGCUGAGCUGCUGUCUGCUUCUGUGACUAAAUGCGACGACCCGAUGAGGGACAGAGUCCGGGAACUUCUAUUUGAGGCUCUGUCCAGAGUUUCUGGUGAAGCCAGCAAAGACAUCGUUAACGAAGUGAAUGCUUGUGACCCAUCUAGCAUCGCUGCUUCAGUUGAGUCAACCAUGUUCCAAAGUUGGGGUCGUAUGAACGGCGCCCAUAAGGUGAAGUACAGGUCCAUAAUGUUUAAUAUUAAGGAUCCCAACAACCUGGAUUUCAGGAGAAAAGUUCUUCUUGGUUAUAUCAAUCCGGAGAGGCUUCUAAACAUGACCACGGAAGAAAUGGCUAGUGACGAGAGGCAACUUCAAAAUCAACAGAUAAAGCAGAAAGCUUUGUUCGAGUGUGAGCUAGGAGCUGGACCAAAAGCCACAACUGAUCAAUUCAAGUGUGGCCGGUGCGGCCAGAGAAAAUGCACUUACUACCAGAUGCAGACGAGGAGCGCGGACGAACCAAUGACGACAUACGUCACUUGUGUUAACUGCAAUAACCAUUGGAAGUUUUGUUAAGAUCACUUGGUUAGGAGCUGUUAGGGCGUUGAUGGCAUGACUGGUUCAUUGCACUCUGCAUUCUUAGAAGAGAGAGGUUUAGCCUAUUUAAUCUUUUAGGGUAGUUAAUUUUGUGAACUGCGAGUUUGAGCAGCUCAUCGUUACUGGAUUUAUAGGAACGUGUCCUAGUUAGUGUUCGUUAACUCUGUUGAGCUACCUAUAUCAGAUCGGAUGGAGCUAUUAUUUGUUUGUGCUAUUGUUAAAAUAUGAGGUUCUCUGUUUUUCUCUUUUUUCUUUAGUACUAUUUCUGAGUUUCUGUUUUGCCUAUGAGAUUCUUGAGCAAAGUUCAUCUUGCCCCUUUUGAAAAGCACAGUGAAUGUUCUUGGUGACCAACUGAAAUGCUGGAACGUUGUCAGAGAUUCUCUUCUGACCGUGGGAUACCAAAUCAAUUGGGAUACCAAAACAGGAGUGCGUACAUCUCCCUAAAGGCAAAAAGACUUACUUUUCGACUAGAAGCAUGCAACUGCCGAGAAACAGUUUGUUCACUUUCUGAAAAAGAAA